UCGUGUCCAGCUGCCUGGCAGCUCUCCUGGGCUGGUCUGUAGGCAACUGAUUGCCAUCCUGUUUGAUUCUCCUCCUCUCAUCCUGAUUUACUCCUAGGCUCAGGAUGCUGUGGCUGCAGAGGGAGUUGAGCUACACUGAGCUGCAUGUUGGGAGUUCAGCUACUUAAAAAUAAAAAUUACAUUGACAUUCAUAGGAGUUGGGUCACUUCACUUCCAGUAGGGGGCGAUCACGGACGGACACAUCGCGAUCUUCCCUUCAACCGAAGACAAUGGAUCUGGGAGUUUGGAAGAGCGCGGGGAGGGGAAGGGAGUUGGCAUCUGAAGCCAAGCCGUGAGACCCGGGAGGAGAAAUCAGUUCUAGCCUGGUAACCAACAUGAAGGAAUGUCCUCACUAGCGUCGGGGAUGUCGCUGUGAGAAUGCGUGCGACACGGAUCUACAGCCCUUUGCUCCUCUCUCUCCUUUCCUGUCUUUGGGAAGGAUUCUCUAAUUCUGUUCCGGACAGCGAGUCUCAUGUGACGCUCCGAGUGCAGGUGUUUGACAACAGCGACCUCUCUCCGCUGUCCGGGGCUGCAGCCCUCGUCUCUGGGAACGUCUCCACCCUCGCCUCCGGCAUCGCCGGCAACGAUGGGGUCGUCACAGUUACCUUCCCCUACUGUCCCGGGACCUGGGUUAUUGUCAUGGCGACCAAACAGGGUUUUGUCACCAACUCCGCUCCCUGGCACGCCAGCCGUAUCCCCUUGUAUGCAUCAGUCAGCCUCUACAUGCUUCCAGAGAGAGCUGCAACCCUCAUGGUCUACGAGGACAUUCUGCAAGUGCUGCUGGGAGCUCCAGGAGGGCGGAGGCAGGCGUGGGUGCAGCUCCAGUGGAGGGCCCUGCCCCCCAACCUGAACUCCUCAAGGACGGAGCUGAGCGCCUGCCUGACUGCCCCCCAGACCCAGGGCCAGCUAGGGGCCUUCCCCUACCCCCUGGGGCUGCAGCUCAACCACACCGGCUCUAACAGCAGCUGGGUGGAGCUGACGGCAGUAGCGGCGGUCAGUAUCAGCCUGUCUCUGAGGAACGGCUCCAGGCUGCAGGUGAGGCAGCCGGUCCACGUGUCGGUGCCCCUGCCCUCCGACUCAGCCCUCAGCUCUGCCACCAGUGCCCCCCUGUGGACUCUGCACAACACUACAGGCCUGUGGAUACGCAGUGGGAGUGGCUAUAUCAGGAAGCAGGGGAAUCAGCUGAUCUGGAGCUUUGUAGCUCCUCAGCUGGGAUACUGGCUGGCUGGCUUCCCCUCCAGCACAGCGGUGACGGCUGGAGGCCUGGGAGACCUCAGCUCCUACAACACCAUCUUCCUGCUCUGCAUCCUGGGCUCCAUGGCCCUACUGGUGCUGGUGCUGCUCUGCCUACUGCUCUACUACUGCAGGAGGAGGUGCCUGAAACCGCGGCGACCGCCGCCGCAAGCGAGCAAGCAGCUGCCAGCGAGACCAGUGCACCUCCACCUCUCACCUCCCCCUCAUCAGCACCACCCACCUCGACCCGCCCUCGCACCGUUACCACGACAACCCCCCCACCCCCGCCAAGGACAGCCAGGGACUCUACCCCCCUGUCCCCGGCCCCCCCGCCCCCCAACCCCCACCCCUCCCAGGCAGGGCCUGACCCCAGCAGGCCCCCGGACUACUCCGCCCCCCGCCCUGGCCUCCACCCAGCCAGGGCAGCUGGUGUUCUGCCACUCCCUGGAGCAGAUGAGGGAGAGCAUGUACAGCAGCCUGGUGCCCACGCUGGUCAUCCCGGCCCACUACAUGAACCUGAGCUCAGAGCUGCCCGGCCUGGCUGGCCUGGGGGCGGGGGAGCAGGGUCUGGGGAACCAGGGGAACCAGAGGAACCAGGGGAGCCUGACCCUGCCCAGGGCCAGGCCCAGCCAGGGGGAGCAGAGCCAGGCCCAGAGGGCGGAGGGAGCGGCGCCGGUCCGCAUCCCGGUGCUGUUCAACGACUCGGCCAUGGCCCAGGUGAGCGAGGAGCUGCAGGGCCUUACGGAGAGCCAGCUGCGGGAGCUGGGCAUCAAGCCACACCCACAAGCCUGGUUCGUCUCUCUGGACGGGCAGUCCAACUCCCUGGUGCGCCACUCCUUCAUCGAGUUGGGGGCCGGGAUUGGGGCUAGGGCUGGACCAGGGGCCGGGGCCAGAGGAGAGAGGAAGAAGGGCGACUCCGGAAGGAUCCACAGCCAGCCGCCGCAGAUCUCCUCGGAUGAGGCGUCCAGCAGACAGGCCCUGCAGGGAGGCUCUGUGACCCCUGACCCCCAGGGACGCUCAGGCACCUUCCCUCGGCCCGGCCGCAGCCGGGACGCCAGCCUCAGGGACAGCCCUCCCCUCCACCAGCCCGGAGGAGGGCCGGGAGGAGGGAGACAGGAAGAGCCCAUGGCAGAAACGAGAGGAGAGACCGUUAAUGGUGUUCAAAUAGGACCCCAGACUGCCUCUAACCAAAUAGGACCCCAGACUGCCUCUAAUCAAAUAGGACCCCAGACUGCCUCUAAUCAAAUAGGACCCCAGACUGCCUCUAACCAAAUAGGACCCCAGACUGCCUCUAAUCAAAUAGGACCCCAGACCGCCUCUAGCCUGACCCCAGAAGGACCUAAGAUACGACCCUAACUUGACCACUGUAACACCCUGCUCCAGCACAAACUUGACCACUGCAACACCCUGCUACAACCCUAAUAUGACCACUGUAAAACUAAUCUUUAACCCUGACCUGACCACAGAAUGACCUAGCUAUGGCCCUAAUAUGACCAUACCAUCCUAGAUUUAACACUUGACCACAGAAAGAUGAAUCUAUAACCCUGACCUGACCACAGUCACCUGCAGCCCUGGAGGGAGCGGAUGGAGCCCAGGUACACCCUCUCCCCCCUGACCCUCUCCCCCUGACCCUCUCCCCCUGACCCUCUCCUCCUGACCCUCUCCCCC